AUGGCCACCGCGUUCGCCACCCCCAACCGCCCCCUCACCUGGUUCAUCACAGGCUGUUCCUCAGGCUUCGGCCUAGCCCUCGCCCGCAUCGUCCAAGCUAACGGACACAACCUCAUCGCAACCUCCCGCAACCCGUCCCGCACCCCCGACCUCGUCGCCGAAGUCGAAAAGAACGGCGGCAAGUGGCUUGCCUUGGACGUCAACGACCAAAACUCGGCGGAUGUAAUCGCUAGCGUGGAGAAGGACGGUGGUGUGGAUGUGCUGGUGAAUAAUGCGGGGUAUUGUAUCUACGCGCCUGGGGAGGUGUUUAGGGAGGAGGAGGUGAAGGAGUUGACGGAGACGUUGUAUUUUGGGCCAUUUCGGUUGAUUCGCGCGGCGUUGCCGGGGAUGAGGGCGAGACGGUUUGGGGUGGUGGUGAAUUUUAGUAGUGGUGCGGCUAUUGAGGGGAGGGAUAGUAUGAGUGUGUAUGCGGGGGCAAAGGCGGGACUUGAUGGCCUCUCCCGCGUGGUCGCCAAAGAAGUGGCACCCUUCAACAUCCGCCUCCUGACCGUCCAGCUGGGCACGUUCGACACCAACAUGGGCAACGCCACGGUGCUAGGCGCAAACCUCCUGCCGGAGGACUACAAGGGCUCGGUGUCGGAGCAGAUGAUGCGUAUCCUGUCAACUGGGGCGUUCAAGGGCGACGGCGACCCGGUCAAGGCUAUGCAGGCCGUCUACGAGGUGGUCACGGGCCAGGGGGUGGGCGCCGGCCGCGAGGCGGAGCGAUUGCUGCCGCUGGGCCGGGAUUUGAAGGGCAGGCUCAAGUCGGUGCAGGAGUAUUAUGCGCAUGCUGACGAGGUGUUUGGGGAGGUGUGUGGGAAUGUUUACUUGGAGAAGUGA